CAAUAUAAGCAUGCGUAUCGGAUGAUUGAUCAAACGAGAGAGGUAGAGGCCGAAAUGAAAGCUCCUGAAGAUGCGAUUGGCGAAGGGCAUGGAUUUCGAUCGUAUCCCAAGGUGCGCCGAACACUUGAUAGGAUUAGAUUGGUCUCUACAUUUUCCGCGUUUCUGCUCGCGGCGAUUCGGCUUCAGACGCGAGUGGCGUGCUCGCCAUCUCCUGGCCCGCUCGCGCCGGCCUUGUACGUUUUCGGGGAUUCGCUGGUCGACAACGGCAACAACAACAAGUUCCCCACCCUUGCCAAGGCCAAUUAUCUCCCUUACGGAGACGACUUCUCGGGCGGCGUCACCGGGCGAUUCACCAACGGGAGGACCGUCCCCGACUGCCUCGCUGAAUUGCUGGGGCUGCCGUAUCCUCCAAUGUACAGGAGUUUUAAGGAAUCAGCAGUGACCACCGGACUGAAUUUCGCGUCCGGGGGAUGCGGCAUCCUCCCUGAAACGGGAAACUUCGCGGGCAAGUGUCUUAGCUUGGAGGAGCAAGUGAGGUUGUUCGAGAGCGCCGCCGUCAAUGAUCUACCGAGACUCUUCAAGAGCUCCGAUGAGUUCUCCGGCUACUUGGCCAAGUCGAUCUUGACCAUCUUUAUCGGCAACAACGACUACAUCCUCAACUACCUCAACCCGUUGAUCUACAACACGAGCAGAACUUACGAGCCUCAGCCAUUCGCGAAGCUCCUCGUCGCUACGCUCUCUCCGCAUCUAGAGAGGUUGUAUAAUAGGGGAGCAAGAAAGUUUGUUGUCUUCGAGAUUGGCCCGAUCGGGUGCAUCCCAACGAUCGCGAAGGGAUCGAAGCACGAGGGAGUAUGUGACGAAGGAUCGAACCUACUAGUUUCCUACUUCAAUCAAAUGCUUCAACCGAUGCUAGAGAACAUGACAACCAGUCUCGCGGGAUCAAUGUUCGUUCUCGGUAGAGCGAAUUCGCUUUGCUACGAUGCAAUACUCAAUCCCUCCAACUAUGGAUUGACGGACUCGAGAAACGCUUGCUGUACAACGUGGAUAAACGGAACUUUGCCGUGCGUCCCGUUGCUAACCCCGUGCCCCGAUGCUGAUAAACACUUCUUUUGGGACGGAUAUCAUCCGACCGACGUGGUUUCCUCGUUCUCGGCUUCUCGGUGUUUCAACGACACAAAUGUCUGUUCUCCGGUCAGCAUACAAGAUCUCGUGCAGAUAUGAUCGUCUCAUUUAAUUAGUCAUAUCUGAGGCUGCUUAUCACCUUGGGUUAUCAUCAUUGAUCAGAGGUCGUCUCUAGCGUACUAUUUCGUCG